ACGGUUAAGGCUACCAGCCAUAUAUAGAUUAAUAUUGAGGUUUUACCACAUAGAGAAGAUAAAUGCUGAGGAAAAACUUAAAUGUGGAUGGAGGACUUGUUGGAGGGCAGAGCAAGGUGAGAAAGAGGGGAAGUUCAUCAUCAUCUUCGUCUUCAUUAGUUCGAAAUUAUCGGUUGAAAAGGGCAAUUUUGGUUGGAAAGAAAGCAGGUUCAAGCACUCCUGUUCCAACUUGGAAGAUGAGUAGUAGUUCAAGAUCACCUUCUCUGAAAAAUGUCAAGAAUAUUCUGCUGGCACCAAAGGGUGGUGGCGGUGGUGGUGGUGAUAGAGGGAAAGAAUUGUCGGUGUCGGCUCGAAAACUGGCUGCUACCUUGUGGGAGAUUAAUGGGGUGGUUUCUACUGCUAAAAUGAAAAGCCAUGUGGAAGAUAGAAAAAGUGAAAUUGAUCAAGGGGGUGAUAGGAAAGAUAGAAUUUUGAAGUCAUCCAAAGGCGGUUCAGUGCCAUUUUAUUGUUCUGAUCCAUCUUUUAGUCCUUUAUCUGAGAAAAUGGAUCAGCCUAAUGCGGGCUCUCAUCGAAGAAGAGCUUCAGUUGGUUCUCAGAAACUUCUGCCAUCUGACUGCAACUUGGGUGGCUUUACCUCUCUUCAUAAUGCCAGCUUAAUGGAGGUGGAUCAGAAUCAGUUACAUGUUCAUAGCCGAACUCCCCGCGGGAACAAAGUUAAGCACCGGUUGAAAGAUUUACUAGGUGCUCUUACCACAUCCAAGGAUCUGUUGAAUGUAUUGAAUCACAUAUGGCGUCUUGAAGAACAACCACCUGCUAGCUUGUCCCUGCUUUCAGCCUUAAAAGUUGAGCUCGAACGAGCUUAUAUUCAGGUUAAUAAGGUGAUUCAUGAGCAAAAAUCAAGUCAGCACGAGAUUGAUUUUCUGUUGCAUCAGUUUCAGGAAGAGAGAGCCACUUGGAAAAUGAAAGAUAAAGAACGGAUACGUAGUGCUGUUAAAGCAAUUGCAGGGGAGCUUGAGAUAGAGAAGAAGCUGAAGCGUCAAACAGAGAGACUGAACAAGAAACUAGGAAGAGAAUUAGCAGACACAAAAAAAGCUUUGGCGAGGGCUAACAAGGAACUCGAAAGUGAGAAGAGGGCAAGAGAGAUUUUAGAGCAAGUAUGCGAUGAAUUAGCUAGAGGAAUUGGAGAAGAUAGAGCUGUUGUGGAAGGACUUAAAAAAGAAUCUGCUAAAGUUCGUGAAGAGGUGGAAAAAGAGAGGGAAAUGCUUCAUCUGGCUGAUGUGCUGCGAGAGGAAAGGGUCCAAAUGAAACUUUUGGAAGCCAAGUAUGAAUUUGAAGAGAAAAAUGCUGCUGUUGAUGAAUUGAGGACUGAGCUUGAGGCCUACUUAAAAACCAAGGUAGACGAAGAGCAAGAGGCCAGCUCUCCAAACUAUGAAAGGAUAAAGGAACUUCAGAAAUAUUUAAGAGAGACCCUUCCAGUUUCAAGUCAAUAUCAAGAUCAAGAGAAGAAUGAUGUGGAAGUUGCGUACAAGGAGGAGGUAGAGGAAGCAGAAGAUUCAGGUGAUAGUGAUCUUCACUCGAUUGAAUUGAACAUGGAUGAUAAUAGCAAGAGUCACAAAUGGAGUGAUGUUGUUCAAGAUGGCUCGAAGAAGAUGGCAAUCAAUGGUAAAACUACAGGAAGGAAGUCCACCUCUGAAAAGAGACAAAGGCAAAGCAUUUCCAUAGAAAGGCAAACUCCUGAUGGGAUUGAGUGGGAAUUUUCUCCCACACGACACAGAAAUUCUGAUACGCUUGCAGGGGGGAAAUUGUUCGAAUUUCCUUCCAAAGCUUGGAAAAAAGAAUGUGAAGAUGAAAUUGAGAGAUACAACAUGAUCAAGGACCUUAGAGACCAUAUCGUUUCUGGUACAAGAAUAUCAUCAUCUCAUGAAGUUGCUAGCCCCCAAAAAAAGUUGCCAUCUCAAGAUCCUAGCAGGGUGGUAUCGGAAGCAUUUGCAGUAUUGCAACGAGCACUUUGAAAGCAAAGCUAAAGAUCUGAUUUCAACAGUAUCAGAAAAUGGCUUCGUUAUGUUGUGGUUUACUUUUAUUGCAUAGUGCAUAUUUUCUACACGUACUUCAUAGAGAUGGGCAAAUGUUCCUAAUGAUGGCUGCAUUUGCCUCAAUGAGUUGUUUAAAAAGUGAGGGAACUUGAAUGGUAAACAAAGAAUUUUGUGAUCUGCAGGUUGUGUAAGAUAAAAAAACUGUACAAUACUUUUUUCUUUGUCAAUGGCAAUAAAGA